UGCUUACACAUAGACUGUGUAGUCACUUUAAGAGCAUGAUGGGGUGAAAUUUGACCUCAGCUCUCAUGUACUGAGGGCCUUUCCCCCAAUUUCAUGCCAGAAAUACCAAACAUAAGCAUUGCAAAGACACUAAGCAAAAUGACAAUAUAUGUAUAUAUAAAACUUUCUAAACAUGCUGUAGUAACAAGUAAUGUUCAGUGUUCAAGAAUACUUGUUGAAUGUUUUUUUCUUGUUUCCCCCUUCCGUAGUUUGACAAAUCAUGGUCUAUAAUUAGCACUGUUGCUUAGCUGGAAUGGGCAUGGAAGGUUGAGCAUGCUCCCUCUCCCAGUGUUUACUGUCAGACGCAAGGCAGCCAGUGUGUUUGUGUCGACUGUGGGUAAUGGACGAAUCGUUGCCUGAAGGCAGACACCACAGGAAGCCAGAGAUCUGAUACAAGUUCCUUGACAAUUCUGAAGGAUCUCCAGGAUGUAUUUAGGCUACACUUCUCUUCUCUAACACUUCUCUAAGUUUUAAGCUGUCAAGAGAAAAAAAAACAAAAUGGAUCUGAGAUCCAGGCAUGGUUUGACGUUGUUGGAACAGCUAAAUCGAAUGCGGGAUGCUGAGCAGUUAACAGAUGUGGUUCUAGUUGCUGAAGGUGUUAGCUUCCCAUGCCACCGAGCGGUGCUUUCUGCCUUCAGCCCCUACUUCCGCGUAAUGUUCACCUGUGGCCUGCGAGAGUGUACCAACCGUAAGGUGGUGUUAAGAGACAUGCCGGCCCCAAGCCUGGCCCUUCUGCUGGAAUACAUGUACAGCUCCAAUCUUCCACUCACUGCAGCCAAUGUGCAGGGAAUCUCUGUUGCUGCUUUUCUUCUACAGAUGGAUGAAGUUUUCAGUCGUUGUCAGAUCUACAUGAUUGACAACAUGGAUGCUUCCAAUUGCCUGGGCAUCUAUUAUUAUGCUCGUGAUCUAGGGGCAGAAGAGUUGGCCGACCAGGCUCAGCGCUAUUUGCGGCAGCACUUCACUGAAGUGUGCCUUGGGGAGGAAGUACUGGAGUUGGAGGCACACCAGCUAGGGGCAUUAUUGUGCUCAGACGACCUUAAUGUUUCACGGGAAGAGAGUAUUUUGGAUGUGGUGAUGCGCUGGGUGAAGUUUUGUCAGGGUGGUAUAGGGCCAGAGGAAGAGAACCGGGCCAGGCACCUUCCAGAGCUCUUAAGGAAGGUACGUCUUCCACUGGUGGGUGCAGAUUACUUGAAGGGGACGGUGAAAAGGAACACGAUACUUCUAGCUGAUGCCGAAUGUCUUCAGAUAAUGGAAGAGGCAAUUGAAGCAGCAAGCUUGGAUUCAGAUGCUCCACCCCAGCGAAUGAAGCUGCGCUAUGGCAUGGAGACCACAGACCUCCUGCUCUGCAUUGGUAAUGACGGCGGAGGCAUUCGCUCACGUUAUGGAAGCUAUACAGAGCGUAGCUUCUGUUAUGCUCCCAAAACAGGCCGAACUCUUUUCAUCACCUCCCCACGAUAUGGUGAUGCGCUUGGAUAUGUCUUUGCUGGGGUGGUGACUGAGAAGAAUGACAUUAUUGUUGCAGGAGAGCUCGGAGCAAGAAGGAUGUCAAGACAGAAAGACAGAAAUGUCGAGAUUUUCAUGUACAACAAGGAAGCUCAAGGAUCCUGGAAACACUUGAGCUCAGCAGAGUAUCGUGAUUCUUACGCAUUGAGCUCUUUGGGAAAAAACCUUUAUCUAAUUGGGGGUCAAAUGAAGCUGAAGAACCAGUUCCUCAUCACCAACAGUGUUGAGCGCUGGUCUCUACAGGGUGGACCAUGGCGUAGCGCUGCCCCUCUGCCCAUGCCCCUGGCCUAUCACAGCGUAGUUCGGAUGAAGGGCCACCUAUAUGUGCUCGGGGGACGGACGCCACAGUCACACCGCACAGAUGACGAGCCUGACCGAAUGAGUAAUCGCCUGCUUGAAUAUAACCCAGAAACCAACAAGUGGAGUGAACUUGGCCCUAUGAAAUAUUCAAAAUACCGUUGCAGUGCAGUUGCACUCAAUGGGGAAAUCUAUGUACUGGGUGGAAUUGGGUGUGAAGGUGUGGAUCGUGGCCAAUCACGUCACUGCCUUAAUGUAGUGGAGAUCUACAACCCUGAUGGGGAUUUUUGGAGGGAUGGUCCUCCUUUACCAUGGCCUCUCCUAUCACUUCGCAGCAAUGCAUCAAAUGCUGGUGUUGUUGAUGGAAAACUUUAUGUCUGUGGAUACUACAAAGGGGCAGAUCGUCACGAUACCAUCACUAAAGACAUCCUGCAGUUGGAUCCCUGGGAAAACGUAUGGACUGUGGUGGCAAAGCAGGCGCUGAUGCACGACAGUUACGAUGUGUGUUUGGUCAAAUCUGAAUCCUCGUGGACUCAUGCCCCCUCCUGCUGACUUGGUAGAGGAAUGACAACAGUUAUCCAAGUGAUUUAUCACAUUCACAAGACAGAACUCCAGUCCUCGCGACCCCCUGCUCUGCACAUUUUGUAUGUCUCUCUUAUCGCUUCAGACGUUUGUUCUAUUCGAACGUAUGUGCCCUGCGAAGUGGACAUCACAGGAUAUUCCGCCAUGAUUCCAGUUCGAAACGAACGUAUAUGUUCCAUUCAAAGUGCAUUGAAGUGUGCGAGACGUGAAUUUAAAUUGUAUUUAUUCACCGAGGUAUGUGAUGUCACACUUGUCCGUGAAUGAAUGUUCCGAAGUGAUGUAAACAGAUUUCCCUGCUCAGGGAGUAGGGAGCAAUGAACACUGUGUAUGGACCAUGUCAAUGGGAACACAGUUCAUUCACGGAGCUCACUUCUAACGAGCUGAUUAUCUGAAUCAGGUGUGUUAACAAAGAGAGACGGAGAGCAGGGGGUCACGAGGACUGGAAUUGAGAAUCCCUGAAGGCUUUCUUUAAUAGUUAAGAAACAAUUUUGAUUUACAAUGCUGCAAGUACUUUAGUGAUUUUAACUUUGAUAUGCUUUACAUUUUUGGAUUUCAGAUAAUAUUACCAAUAUUUGAGGUAUAUGGUAUGAGUUAAGAUGCAUGCCAAAGGAUAUGAGAACGUCUCAAAGCAUUUCACAGCUCAGAUUAAGUAACACUCCAAGACACUGUGCUAAAAUAUGAUUUUACUUUACUAGCAAAGGAAAAAUGUAUUGCAGAUUUGCACAAUACAGUACAUGUACUGUAACUUUAAGCAGUCAAUGCAAUUUAUUAAACAUGUUCAUUUGUAAAACUUAACAACAGCUAAAUCUGUAAAGUUCCAUCUGCAAACAAAGUUGAAUAUGUUUUAAAACUAUUUUGUACAUGUUGAUGUCACACUGAGAAUGUCCUAAAUAUUUGCAAG